AUGGAUGUGUGCGCCCGUGUUGCCCUGUGGCUCCUCUGGGGGCUUCUCCUGCAUCACGGCCAGAGCUUCAGCCAUAGCCACAGCGAGAAGGCGACGGGAGCUGGCUCGGGGGCUAGUUCCGAGGAGUCCACUGCAGCAGAGUUUUGCCGGAUUGACAAGCCCCUGUGCCACAGUGAGGAUGAGAAGCUCAGCUUUGAUGCAGUCCGCAGCAUCCACAAGCUGAUGGACGAUGAUGCCAAUGGUGAUGUGGACGUGGAAGAAAGCGAUGAGUUCCUGAGGGAAGACCUCAAUUACCAUGACCCGACAGUGAAACACAGCACCUUCCAUGGUGAGGAUAAGCUCAUCAGUGUGGAGGACCUGUGGAAAGCAUGGAAGUCUUCAGAAGUGUACAACUGGACCGUGGACGAGGUGGUGCAGUGGCUAAUCACAUAUGUGGAGCUGCCUCAAUAUGAGGAGACCUUCCGGAAGCUGCAACUUAGUGGCCAUGCCAUGCCGAGGCUCGCUGUGACCAACACCACCAUGACAGGGACUGUGCUGAAGAUGACAGACCGGAGCCAUCGGCAGAAGUUGCAGCUUAAGGCCCUGGACACAGUGCUGUUUGGGCCUCCUCUCUUGACCCGCCAUAAUCACCUCAAGGACUUCAUGCUGGUGGUGUCCAUCGUUAUUGGUGUGGGCGGCUGCUGGUUCGCCUACAUCCAGAACCGUUACUCAAAGGAGCACAUGAAGAAGAUGAUGAAGGAUCUGGAGGGGUUACACCGAGCUGAGCAGAGUCUGCACGACCUUCAGGAAAGGCUGCACAAGGCCCAAGAGGAGCACCGCACAGUGGAGGUGGAGAAAGUCCAUCUGGAGAAGAAGCUGCGUGAUGAGAUCAACCUUGCCAAGCAGGAAGCCCAGCGGCUGAAGGAGCUGCGGGAGGGUACCGAGAAUGAGCGGAGCCGCCAAAAAUAUGCUGAGGAGGAGCUGGAGCAGGUCCGGGAGGCCCUGAGGAAAGCUGAGAAGGAACUGGAAUCACACAGCUCAUGGUAUGCUCCAGAGGCCCUUCAGAAGUGGCUGCAGCUGACCCACGAGGUGGAGGUGCAGUACUAUAACAUCAAGAAGCAAAACGCGGAGAAGCAACUGCUGGUGGCCAAGGAGGGGGCUGAGAAGAUAAAAAAGAAGAGAAACACACUCUUCGGCACCUUCCACGUGGCCCACAGCUCUUCUCUGGACGAUGUGGAUCACAAAAUCCUGACUGCCAAGCAAGCUCUGAGCGAGGUGACAGCAGCACUGCGGGAGCGCCUGCACCGCUGGCAGCAGAUUGAGAUCCUCUGUGGCUUCCAGAUUGUCAACAACCCCGGCAUCCACUCCCUGGUGGCUGCUCUCAACAUAGACCCCAGCUGGAUGGGCAGCUCGCGCCCCAACCCCGCCCACUUCAUCAUGACGGAUGACGUGGAUGACAUGGAUGAGGAGAUUGUGUCACCCUUGUCCAUGCAGUAUGCUGCCUGGCUGAUGGGGCGUAGGUUCAGUGACCGCUCUCUCUGCUCAACAUCCGGCGGCUCGGAUGAUCAGUCCCUCUGGAAAUACCCGGCUCCCACCCUGCAGUGCAGUGUCCGGCAGCGCCUGACGGAGCCGCAGCAUGGCCUGGGAUCUCAGAGAGGACCAUCUCUAAAGACAAACAGGCUCUCUAGUAAGGUUAGUAGCUUGGUAUGGAAGCCCAAGGCAGCCCAGCCUGUGGGGAGGGACACCCCUGGCCUGAGUGUCUCAAAGAUUCAGGGAGGGAAAGUGAGCUUGCCUCAGCAGGCCUUUGACCUCCUGCAUCUGCCGGAGCUUCCUCAGGCUCUUUUCUGGCUUUGGAAAGUCUCAGCUUUUAACUGAUGACAAGGCACAGAGGGAUGGGAAUCAUGGCCAAAUGGGGCUGUGGGGUAUGAGGAGUGAGGCUGGGAGGGCCCCAACCCACUGACAGCUCUCCCUUGGCAUUAGAAAAGUAAGCUCCCGGGAGCCUCACCUCAUCAGGAUAGAGGGCCCCUUUUCCCAGUGCGGUUGCUCCCCAGAACUGUCUCAGCGCCUUGCUCUGUGGUCCAUAUGUAUGUGGAAAAGGCAGGAUAUGGAGUGGAUCAUCUUGGAACUUAGGGAAAUGAGGGCACAUUUAGACAGAAGUGAGGACAGUAUCAGAUAUAUGAAACCAAAUAUGAAACUGAACAUGAAUAAACAGUAGAAGAUGUGGUUGAAACAGUAUCUGUAGGGUGGAGCUGGAGCUGGGAUUAUUCUCUGCUGCUCCUUGUCUCCAGGAAGAUACUGGCCCACAGGGUAGCUACUCAGUUAAUUGCUUCCUACAGAGAAAUAAACCUCAGGAGCUAUGAGUCAACCUUCUGCCUUUGCUUAUUUUUGGGCCCUGGUGCCCUCCCUAAUUUUUGACCCACAGCCUCCUCCUUUCCAGGUCCUAUGGUGCUCUCCCCUCCCACUCCUGACUUUUCCCCUUUGCUUCCUGACUUGGGUGUUUAAGUGUUUCCCUUAGCCUUCUCCUCUGCCCCUACCAUGGGUUCUCCUCUGGGAAAGUAGAGGGAGAGUUAAGAGACUGGCAGAGGACACCCAUAUUUACCCUUUUGUCUGUAGAGGCAGGAGAGGAGAACUCUGGAAUUGGUUCAUGGGCCUUCUUAGGAAUAGCCAGCCCCUUAGAGGGCCUCAGCUUUCUGGACUAACCUCUGUGUGUGCAUGUCCAGUGUGCAGUGCUAUGUCCCCAUGAUUCAGCCUUGCAAAGAAGUCUCUUAAGAUUGGCCCAUGUCUGGGUCUUCCAGCUUGACUGGCCUCAUCAUCUUCCUUCCCCCAAACUGUCUACAUUUCCAAGUGAUUUGCCAACAUAUCAGAUCCUCCAAACAGCCUUGCAAGGUAAUUGAAUUGGUAAUUUCUUCAUUUGGCCAAAAUUGAGGACCAAGCAAGGUUAGAUGACUUGUCCUAGGUCACACGACAAGUCUCAAGCAGAGAUGGAAAUUAUGACUUCUAGUGCCACUUAGAGACCAGCAUCCUGUCCUGUCUUUCUGCACCUGCCUACACUCUCCCUUUCACAGAGCCUCGAAAAAGACCCCGCUUUCCAACUGCCAGCAGACUUCGGUUUGAACUCUGAAACACUUUUCUGUUUCAGGACUCUUCCUGUCCCUGCCAGAAAGAGGCAGCAGCCUGGCCUUUUGGGGUGCAUAAGGGAUUAUUUGCAAGGCUAUUCUAACCUUCUCCUUCCCAGCCUGGGUCAGGGCCACUUACUGCAUGUGCCCUGUUCCUUGCUGCCCGGCCCAGUCUGGAUGUGUCCCGGGGUGUGACAGGAGUCAUUCAGGGAGGAAGGCAUGGGGAAUGGUGAUUCAGGGUAAUGUGUGGGUUCUGUGUUGGUUUAGGGUUGAGUCCUAAGAAAUCCAACCCACUAUGGGAAGGCAGAGAUUUUAUUGAGGGAGGGAUUCAAGCCUAUGGUUGCACCAGUUUAGGGCCUGGCCACUCAGCAGGGUGGGGGCCCGUCAUUAGAAAGCCCUUUGCCAGAUAGAUGAUGGUGUAAUGACUUUUGGUUUUGCUUCUUGUUUGUCUCUUCUUUAUCACUUUUCUCUUUCUUUCUUUCUUUUUUUAUCCUCUUGGCCCUUCUUAUUUCUUUCUGUUCCUCCUUUUGCCUUUCUUUCUCCCUGAUUUUACCCUCCUCUCUCCGUCUCUUCCCCAACCUGUCCCCAUUCCCUAUUCCUGCCUAUCUCUUGUCCUGUACUUAUGGCAUACUCAACUUUCUUCUGUUUUUCAUCCUUCUCUCUUACCUCCCUGCCUGUUCAUCCUCUUUUCUUGCCCCUACCCCUAUUUCUAUAUCCAUUUCCCACCCCUCCUUGUCUUCUCAUGGUGUUCCUCUCUCUUCUUCACCUUUCUUCCACCCCCCUCUCCUGUAUGUAUCCCUUUCUUCC